UGAAAGCGUAAAAUCAACAUUCACUUACACUGUGAGAAGCUUAGACUUUACCAACCAAUAAAAUGUUAGCUGUAUCUAUAUCUAUCAACCAAAGAGCAGGUAAAUUUCAGUUUAUUGAAAAAUAUCGGGAAAUUGCCGUUAUUAGACUUGUUGUAAGAUUUUUACAAAUAUUGGAAAGAUGGUGAUUUUUAUGAGUGGCUGUUCAACAAUUGAUAUUAUUUAUUUGUGAAUAUAGAAAAAUAUCAAAUGGAAAUAUUUAUGAAUUUAAAGGGAAAGUAAAGUCGCAACUUAUUAAAGAAAAUCAUGCAUCAUAAUUUGCAAGAGGUAGAAGAAGGAAAACUAAUGUAUUUCGAUAAAAUGAAACGUGUCCCAAGCCCAUUGAUUGGGGAUCAUAAUUGUAGUGUGAACAAUGAAAAAUCUAUUAAUCCGAGGCCAAGAGCACGAUCCACUUCUAUGAAGAAAACUAAAAAUAAGACGUUUGAAAGUUAUGAAAUUGACGGAAUUCGACCUAGAACAAGCAGCUUACCAACGAAAAAUAAUUAUCGGAGGCCUUUAAUAAAGAACUUGAGAACUAACUACGAAGACCAGGAUCAUGACUUGUAUAGACUAAGAACUUUUGAAAUGACAUCGAAAGGCAUUGUCAACCGAGGAGAUUCCAUCAAGUCACGCAGUACCAACAGUAUUGUUUCAUCCGAAGGGGACGGAAAUACCUUAUCAAUUGGGUCAAGUUCCUGUUCACAAAACAGUUUAGCCAAUAGUGAAGGUUCUUUACAAAGACCUAAGCCUUAUAAAAUUGUUAUAUUGGGUGCCUUAGGUGUUGGUAAAUCUACAAUUGUCCAGCAGUUUUUGACAUCGGAGUAUCGGUUUGAUAUCAGCAUCGAUAGCCAACAAGAAAAGAUGGUCUCUGUUCUACUAGACGCAGAGGAAUCAACAAUGGAGUUCAUUGACCUUGAAUCCGAAUUGUGUGACCACGAGGAAGGAGCAUUUGAUUGUUAUGUGGUAGUUUACUCCAUCGAUGAUAGAAAUACAUUUGACAGAGGUGUUGAUAUUUUAUACAAUCUUCGUCACGAAAAACACAUUAACUAUGCUAUGAUUUUAGUUGGGAAUAAAAGUGACCUUGUUAGAACCAGAAUAAUACAACCAGAAGAGGCCAAACCUGUGGCAGUACAGUACGACUGCAAAUUUAUAGAAACUUCAACAGUGCUCAAUAUAAACAUCGACGAACUUCUGGUUGGAAUAUUGAAACAGAUUAGAUUAAAGCACAAGCAAGAAGGAAGGGAACGGUUGUGUGGUGCAGAAGUCGGUUGCAUUAACAAAAGUAAAACUUUGCUGACCAAAAUUUUUGGAAAGAACACAUUAUCAAAAUCAUGUGACAAUUUGUAUGUUUUGUAGUGUUUUAUGAAACAGGUGUUUUUGGAAAGCGAACGUACCUCAAAGGUAUUCAUUACAUGGUUUAACCUAUUUUUAGUCGAUAAUGGUAUUUUGUAAAAAUGGGAAAAGUAUAUAUUUUUUUCAAAUGUCAUUGAGAAUUUCAAUGACAAUGUCAACGUGAAAUUAAUGUUUUUUUUUUGGUUUUGCUUUGUUUUUUGAAAAAGAAGAAUAAAGAACGUCACAAGUG